CGCGCGCGGCCGGGAAGGAUGGCGCCGUCCAAGCAGUACGACGAGGGCGGGCAGCUCCAGCUCAUGUAGGCCGACCGCGUCGAGGAGGAGGAGGAGUGCUUCGAGUCCAUCGACAAGCUGAUCACGCAGGGCAUAAACGCAGGAGACGUGAAGAAGCUGCAGGAUGCGGGGAUCUACACUUGCAAUGGCCUGAUGAUGCAUACCAAGAAGAGCCUUACAGGGAUCAAGGGCCUGUCUGAAGCAAAGGUUGAUAAGAUCUGUGAGGCUGCUGAAAAACUUCUGACUCAGGGUUUCAUGACAGGAAGUGAUCUCCUUAUCAAGCGGAAGUCUGUUGUUCGGAUUACCACUGGGAGCCAAGCGCUUGAUGAGCUGCUUGGAGGAGGGAUUGAAACACUCUGUAUCACAGAGGCAUUUGGAGAGUUCCGGUCAGGAAAGACCCAGUUGGCUCAUACUCUUUGUGUCUCCACUCAGCUUCCACUCCACAUGCAUGGUGGGAAUGGGAAGGUUGCCUACAUUGACACUGAGGGAACAUUCCGCCCUGAGCGCAUCGUGCCAAUUGCUGAGAGAUUUGGGAUGGAUGCCAAUGCUGUUCUUGACAAUAUCAUAUAUGCUCGCGCAUACACCUAUGAGCACCAGUACAACUUGCUCCUGGGCCUUGCUGCCAAGAUGGCUGAAGAGCCUUUCAGGCUUCUGGUAGGCAUAACCUUACUGCAAAAUUCUUUAAGCCAUUAUGUUCAGUUUUGGACUAUUACCUGUGUAGAACCAGCUGAUAUUUAGUUGCUGCAAAUGAUUUUUUGUGUACUGUAAUAGAAUUUGCUGUAAUAUCUUUCCUGUAAUGAAAUGAUUAUGCCUCAAAAUCACUUGAUGUUUGUUGAGUUGGUGCUUCCGGAGGACUAGAAGCACCACAAGCUAAAACAUGAGGCCCAAUAAACAGGGUCAUCGAGUACCGACCACUGGUUUUUACUAUAAAUAUCUAUACUUUCUAUUUUGUAUACCAAGGUACCUAUGUACUUGAUAAAUUUAAUGUGUUACUACUUACUAGUUGCUGCAAUUUGAUUUUAUUUUCGCAAUGGGUAAGAAACAUUGCUACUUUUUCAUGUUUGGUCUGUGUCUGUUUAUUCUAGAUAUGAUGGUACAUUGGAGGAACAAGCAGCGAAUCGGGAACAGAUGAGGAAAAUUGAGAACCCUGUUGGAGUAAGGUGGAAGCCAGUUAGAUGAACCUUGUUGUGUAUUUUAUCUAAUGGUUUCAAACCAUGUUGUUCAUGAUGUGGAGAUGGACCCUAUUGGUCAUGUAAAUUAGAUGCCUUGAUUGUGAACCCUUGAAUGUUUCAGAAUGUUGGUUUGAGACCUAGACUGCUUGGAAAUAUUGGUUUUAAACAUUC